UCUUGGGGUCCGGGAGCUUGGGAAGAAAAUGGCGGGAGCUCCGAAUUCCGCCGUGCCCACAAGGCAAAGGUGACGGCGCCAGUGUUCUGGAUCCGACUGGAGUGUACGUUCAAGUUCACGAGGUUUGCGCAUGGCUGUUCAACGUUCGUGAGCCUCAUAGCCGUGUCGGACGACCGAUCCCAAGCAGCUAUAGAAAGGCCGUAGGCCGAGUACGAUGGCGUCGAAGAGCUUGCUCGGUUGCUGCAACUCUUCGACUCCAUCUCGGCGUCCUUCGACACGACGAGCUCUCGGUUCUUUGCAGUAAUGGGAAGCAAAUCCGAGAGAUGGGGGAGUCCCGCCUUCGUCGUCCUGUGCACCUUGUGCAUCCUAUUUCGUGCAGCCGUCGGCAGCUCCACGACCUCACCUUCGUGGACUUCCGUCUCAGACCCACGAGUCUGGCAAGAACCGGAUGGUUUUCAAGCUUGGCUUCAGUAUGUUCAUCGGACAUCUGAUCUAGCUUCCGAUUGGGCGACGCAUUCGAAGCUUGACACUACGGAUGUGACACCUUUGGGUGGACCCAAUGAUGACGAGCAGACGAAUUCCACGGAACAUAAUUUGCUCCAAGUAAAGAGAAAAAUCGUCGUCGACCAAUCUGGCAAAGGAGACUGCCGAACUAUCAAGGAGGCUAUAGAUCUCGUACCACCUCAAAAUAGGGAGCGCAUAGUCAUUCACAUACGACCAGGUGUCUACAGGGAGAAGGUUAAAAUUCCGAAGACCAAGCCAUACAUCACUUUCGAAGGUUACAGCAACAACCAGACGAUCAUCACAUACAACUCUACCGCAAGUGAUCCGAAGUCUAAAAAACAUCACACGUACUUACGGACCUACAAUAGCGCAACAGUGGCUGUAAAUUCUAAGUAUUUCGUUGCCGUGAACAUUGUCUUUCAGAACUCGGCGCCUGCACCACCUCCCGGCUCUAUUGGUAAACAAGCUGUGGCAUUUCGCAUCAGCGCAGACAUGGCUGCCUUUUACAAUUGUCAGUUCCUCGGAUUCCAGGAUACUUUGUAUGAUCACCACGGCCGACACUACUUCAAGAACUGCUAUAUCGAAGGCGCGGUAGACUUUAUUUUUGGAAAUGGAAGAUCUCUGUACAAGAACUGUGUACUCAACGCUCUGAACAACUCCGGUAUUCCAGGGUCAUUGACGGCUCAAAAACGAAAUGACACAACUUUAGACACGGGAUUCUCAUUUGUGGAUUCUUACAUAAGUGGUUCUGGACAAGUCUAUUUGGGACGAGCUUGGGGAAACGACUCACGCGUUGUAUUCGCUCGGAGUUACAUGGACGAUGUUGUGCUUCCGGUUGGCUGGAACGAUUGGGGCUCCGAAGGUCGUGAAAGGACGUCAUACUACGCCGAAUACAAUUGCUCGGGACCUGGAGCCGUUACUAGCGGACGCGCACCAUGGGCUCGAGUUCUGACGGAAGACGAAGCCAAACCGUUUCUCUCGAUGGACUUUAUAAACGGAAAGAGAUGGUUGCCGAAGGCUGAGAUAACCCAAUAAAAAGUACCGGAGAGGCUUCGUGCGCAUGGGUUCAGACGAGCAGUAGAUUCUGAUCUAGAGUAUUUUGUUCGGGGUUAGUUGUCCUAGUCUUGUUGUGCAAGGUGCUAGCGAGGUUGCGAGAGAGCUGCAAGCACUGCAAAAACAGAGCGGACAGUGUGUGAGGAAACGUUACUUUGCGUCACUUUGUGUCCUACAGUAUGAUGAUAUAAAUUGAUGGAGUGGAUUCGAGAGUGAGACGCGUGUUGUGUACCCUCUGGCAGUCUCUGUCCGACUCUAUAAUCUUGGAGGAUGGCGUUGUAAUCUUCAUUGCACUGGUUUGUGGAAAGGUCUGAUUACAGAGGGGACGGUCUCUGCAAGCAUAAUUGUGACCAAUCUACG